AUGGCCCCUCCCGCAAAGCGACGGAGGAAAAAUGUCCUCUCAUCGUCGUCAUCCGCCUCGGAAGAUGAGGACGAUGAGCCCAUCACCAAGUCCAAACCGCAAUUGCUCGACCUAGUAUCUUCUUCCCCACCUUCUUCUACUGCUACCAAGAUGGCAUCGUCGAAAUCUGCAUCUCAGAAGCCUGCGAAAGCUCCUGUAAAACUCCAGCCUCGUGCGAAGACUGCGAAUCAUCCUCACAAUGCAGCUCCUAUAUACCUACCUAGUACGCGAGGGAAAGCUGCAAGUAAGAGUGCUAGCACCAGUCCAGAAAAGCCCAAGAAGAAAGGGAAAAUGGACGAGAAGGGCAAAAGUGGGGAUAUAUUUACUUUCUUCACCAAGCAGGCGCAACGGCAGCAGGCUGAAAGUAGUAUGAGUGGGACUGGAGUCAAGUCGAAGCUUGCAAUGCAUACCUCGAGUGCAGAGAAGGUCGAGGAUGUGGAUAUGAUAUCUGAUGAUGAUGUACUUGGUCCUUCCAGUACGCAAGGCGGCAGUUUGGUCGGAUUGGCAGCUCGGAAACGUGCGAGAGCUACUGAUGCUUUUGCUGCUGGGGAUGGGGAGCUACCGUGUGCAAGUCAGAGGUUCAUGAAGCCGGCCAAACCAGUGGCAAUGGUUAAGAUUGAAGAUACAAGACCGUGGGCCGAGAAAUUUGCGCCAAAGAAAGUGUCGGACGUUCGAACAUGGCUUGAGAAUGUCAUGGACGGCCGGUUGAGACACCAAAGACUUCUGGUCCUGAAAGGGGGAGCUGGGACAGGGAAGACAACUACCAUUCAGCUCCUGGCGAAAGCUAUGGAAUGUGAUGUGCUUGAGUGGCACAAUCCAGUUGGUUCUGUGGCGUCUUCAGAUGGCUAUCUUUCCAUGGCAGCACAAUUCGAGGAAUUCAUGGGAAGAGGUGGUAAGUUUGGGCAACUUGAUAUAUUUUCCUCCGAUGGUACCGUGCCAUCGAAACCAGAAGACAAACCACUGGAUCGCCGGAAAAAUAUCAUUCUCAUUGAGGAAUUUCCUAACACGUUCACACGAUCUUCAACUGCUUUACAGUCUUUUCGAUCAGCCAUACUUCAAUAUCUUGCUGCUAAUACACCGCAACGCUCGAUGAUGUUCACUGAGCAUCCUGAUGAGCCUAUAACGCCCGUGGUCAUGAUUAUAUCCGAGACUUUGCUCACUACAGCUUCUGCUUCUGCGGACAGUUUCACAGCUCACCGCUUAUUGGGAGCAGAAAUUCUGCAGCAUCCGGGAGUUGGAGUUAUUGAGUUCAAUGCCAUUGCUCCAACUAUAUUGUCAAAAGCACUCGAGACAAUAGUGCAAAAAGAGUCGAGGAAAUCUGGCAGGAGGACGACUCCUGGCCCUAUGGUACUCAAGAAACUCGGCGAGAUUGGCGACAUCAGAAGUGCUGUUGCCGCUCUGGAGUUUCUCUGCCUGAGAGGAGAUACCGAUGGCGACUGGGGUGCCAAGGUCGCCUUUGGAAAGGCUAAGAAAACUGGCAAAGACGUUGCUCUGACGAGCAUGGAAAAAGAAAGCUUGGAACUUGUUACUCGACGAGAAGCAAGUUUGGGUAUCUUCCACGCUGUUGGGAAGGUGGUCUACAACAAGCGUGAUGAGUAUCCCCCAGCAGUGUCCAAGGCCGAGGAUGUUGAGAAACUCCCGGGCUUUAUGUCACUUCAUUCUCGUCAAAACAGAUCUCAGGUUGUGGUCAACGACUUGAUUGACGAGACUGGGACAAAUACUCAGACAUUCGUAGCUGCUCUACAUGAGAACUACAUCCUCUCGUGUGAUACUCCUCCAGAUACUUACGAUUUCUCAUCCUUGGACCAUGUCAAUGGUUGCAUAGAUGCACUCUCUGAUAGUGAUCUUCUUUACCCUUCCUGGGACGGAUCAAUCAAUCCCACAGGCUUUGGCGGUGGUAUCGGAGGCCGUGGCAGUGGCGGCGAUAUACUUCGGCAAGACGAAAUCACUUUUCACAUUGCCGUCCGGGGUCUUUUGUUCUCACUACCACAUCCGGUAAAGAGAAAAGCUCCAGCUGCCGGCGGCUUGCGAACAGGCAAAGGUGGCGAUGCAUUCAAGAUGUUCUACCCGACCAGUCUGAAGCUAUGGAGGAUGAGAGAAGAGAUCGAGAGUGCAAUAGAUCUCUGGGUAUCACGACUUAUGAAAGGCGAGUCAGAUCACAGUAUCACGAAUGGGGCAGCAAGGUUCGCCCGGCCUAAAGCUGGAACGGUGGAAAGCUGGAAAAGCUCUAGACCAAUUUCGACACAAGAGAAAGGCAGUCCCGAAACCGCUACGCCUCUCUUGUCAGUUGGUACAUCAGCAAGGAAAGAAAUGCUACUUGAGCGCUUGCCGUACAUGCUUCUCGUCGCUAGAGGCAGGAGGACUACCUCAUCCGUAGUCUCGAUCAAGGAGAUGGAAAAGGUAGCCACGUUCCAAGGGAUUGGGAUAUCGUCAGAAGAGUCAAACGACGAAGGGGACGACGAUGAUACGGGAGUCGUAGCAGAAGAAUGGGCUACAGAUAAAGCAGCCGAGGGCAAUUCGCCUAAGAAAAAGGGGCUAGUGAUAAGAGGAAGAGGAGCAGCAAAUGGUUUUCCUUUGCAGCAGCAAGAACAAAAGUUGGUGCUUAGCGACGAUGAUAUUGAGGAUGAUUGA